ACGACAACAACAACAACAACAACAACAACAACAAAGAGACACAAAACAACACAAAAGAGACAAUACAAACACAAAGUCUGUGCGUUUUGCUCCAGAGAAACCAUGGGGCCUUUUGCAUAUCCUUGCCCAAGGGCCCUUUGUUGCAUAAUCCACCUAUGACAUGUAGUGGGUAGUUUUACACUGUAGUAAAGGAUUUGGAUACUUUUAUCACUGCAAUCUGCAUAUACAAUAAUCUGUCUGACACCGCAGGCUCCAGUUUUGUUUGUGAGGGUGUUAUGUUGAGAUGUUGAAGUAAAUUUAUCUAGCACAGACAAAACAGUUAACAGACUAAUUUUAGAGAAAAGGCAGUCAGAUGAUGAAACCGAUGUCCACAUUGGAGCAACCGGAGUCGAGGGGCUGUCCACUGUGAAAAUCAUAAAGCUGAGUCUGCACCGUGCUGUGCCACAUUGAGCCUGCAGAGGGCGAUGUCUGACAACAGCAACAGCACAGGCAGCAGUGGGUCCUCCACCAACAGCUGGACACUCCUCUCCCCUGAGGAGGCAGCUGUUGAGAAUGUUGGGCCAGUAGAUGACGGCACUGAGAGCCUGGGGGAUGUCCCAAGUCUCUCUGAGGAUGUGACAGGAGCUGCUGCGAGUGACAUUCCAGUAGAAACUGUUCUGUCUGAAGAAGGCCAUCAGGUUUGUCAAGAGACCUCUCCAGAGUCCAGUUUGGGUCCCAUCCCGUCUAGUCCAGUCCGGAUGAGUCCUCUCCCACCCACCCUUCUUGAUCCUCCAGACCUUGACAUGGAGAGUCAGCCUCCAAUCAUCCAUGACAUUGUAACCAGCUCCCCCAGUGACAAUGAGCACCUCGAAGCCACGCCCUUUGUCACCAACAUUGAUUUGGGGGCUCCACUCGAUAUUCCUGCUGCUGAUCUCCUGACAGUUGAGCCAGAGGAGUCCUGCUCUGCUCCACCCCUGACUGAGAUCCCUGUCUCUACAGAGCCAGUGCUUGACACGCCUGCUGAUUUUGGGGAGACUCCUGUCUUCACUGCUGAACCUGAGGUCACUGUCCCCACAGAGACCAUUACGGCCACUGAUCCUCCCUCUCAUGUUGAAGCUGAUAUCAGCUUUGUCUCAAAGAGCACAGAGCCCCCAAGCCAAGUCAUAGAGAGCCUGGCGGCAGAAAGCCCCAUUAGUGAUAGUCCUGUGCCAGAGACUAUUGGUUCAGUAGAGGCAGAGGAGGAGGAGGAGGAGGAAGCAGAGGAGGCAGCUGUGAAAAAGGAGGAGACAGAGCCAUCUGAGACAGUGUUCCAGGAUGAGAGAGAAGAAGACGAAGAACCAUCCAGCAGUUUUGAUUUGGGCGACACAAGCGGUUUUGACGAUGGACUGAGGAGGAGGAAUGUCCCCCCCUUUGAGGCACCAAGACCAAGAACAUCAGAUGAGGAAGAUGAGGAAGAGGAAGUGGAGUUCAAGCUGGCCGAGAAGAAGGAGGAGGAAAAGCCAUGGUUCUCCAUGAACAAAUGCAUUGUGGGUUCUCUGAUCCUGCUCUUCUUAGGUUCCCUCUUCCUCUCAGGUUUCCUCUCUGACCUGAAUAAUGGUGACUUUGACGGCUCUGACCUGAGUGAUGGAGAACAAAGCCAGGACUGGCUUAGCAGUGAUCCACAGGAUAUGAAAGAGCUAUUGGAUAAACUGACACAGGAAAACCAGCAAAUCGCUCAGCUAGAGGCUCAACUACGGUCUCAGAAAGAAGAACUUGACUUAGCGCUGAAAGCAGUAGCAGCAAGCGGUGAUGAGAUGGGUAAAGCAGAUAUGGAAAAAGAAAAUGCAAAGCUGAAGGAGGAGCUGUCAUCCCUGCCUGAGCUGAAGAAAGAGCUGGAGAGUCUGAGGUCCAGAGUGACCGAGCUCAGCCAGCUCACAGCUGAUCAAGAAAUGCCCCCAGCUGCCUCAAGCUCAGCCCCUCCCCCCAGUGACAAAGAUGGUCAGACAGACCAGAAAGCAGCUGGACCUGAGAGUAGGACGGACAAAAAUGAGGGGGGCCGGCUGAAGGAAGAACUCCAUAGACAGAAAGUUCUUCUGGAGGAGAGCAAGAAGAGGCUGCAAGGGAUGAAAAAAGAUGGAGGCGACAGGAAGCGAGUGAGGGAUAAUUUAGAGGCGAUCCAGAAGAAGCUUUCUGAACAAGUAGAGAGGUGGGGCAAGAAGAAACCACAGGAGUCCAAAUGGAAAGGGAACAAGGGCAAAAACAGUGAGCGGGACCACUGGAAGAAAGACGAAAAGAAAGAGUGGAGGGGCGAGAAAGAUUGGAAGCACAGCAAAGAUGGAGGAUGGAGAGACAAAGAGGAGAGAAAGGAGAAAGAGUGGAAGCCUCAGAAGCAAAACUCUCACAAAGAGGCAUGGAGGAAACACCAGGACGAGUGGGAGAGGAAGAAGGACGAGCGCAAAAUGGACAGAGAGGAGAGGAGGAAGGAGAAACCGUGGCACAGCCGGCCUGGUAAAAACUCCCACAGCCACCAUCAGCACCAGCAUCAACACCAGCAUCAGCACCAGCAGCCCCGUCAGCCUCACCAACACAAGCACAACGACUUCUGGGGAGACCAGGAGCAGAAGCUCAGACGCAAUGUCCACCCCCAGCUGGGCUGCAGCUCUGUGGAGGACUGCGCCAGCAAGGAGGGCCUCUACCCAGUGGAGCUGCCCGAGUUUGAGGAACUGCUGGAGGGCUACCUGAGCAAGCUUGAAGGAUCUUCACCUGAGAGCAAAGACAAGAUCAGGAAGCUGACUGCAGAGUUCUUUGAGGAUGGCGUGUUUAUCCACGACAGGGUUCUUUUCAGUGACUUUGCUGAGGAUGUGGCAGACAUUCUGGAGGACAUGGUAGACGUUUUAGAUGACGGCGGGCAGAAGGACGACGACUCCCUGGAGGAGGAGAUGGAGGAGUUUGAACGAGAAGCCCUGUGGAAGUUUGCAGCCACAGUUUAAAUAGACAGAGAGGGGGAACUGAGUAAAAAAACAACGCUAAGAAACAGCACAAGUGGUGGUUUUAUAGGACAUUUCUUGCCUACAUUCUCCUCAGAGCUGUAAUUGUAGUAGCUUCUGGUACAGAGUGGUCGUGCCUCUCAUAAAUGUGUCCCUCUGAGUCUUUAAUUAUAAGCUAGACUUGUACUUGUCAUUUUGGACUUAGUUGUUGUUACCUACCUCUGUCAGGUCAUGCCUCCUAAUGAGAAGUCCUUCAGUAAUGUGUUGUGUGGAUUUUCCUCUGCUAUAUAGUGUUUUCUCAAUACGUAGUGCAUGUUGCAGUUUAUCAUAUGAAUUCAAACUGAAAAUAGUCAGAUCACACGCAAAAAAUGGCAGUUAAAGGAAUACUUCACCCACAAAAUUACCAUUUGUGCAUCCGUUACUUACCCAGUGUUACAAUGAAUUCCUGAAGAAAACUUUGUUUUUCUGGCACGCCUCUAAGGUAAACAAAGAAUCCAAAAACAGCAAACAAUUUAAGUCAUUGGGGUCCGCAUGUUAAAACAGCAAAAUCAUAUCAAAACAUCUGUUUACAAGCCCUCACACAAUUCAUGCAUCAUAUAUCCUCAGUACUUUCCAAACACAUGCAGUUUCACUAAAACAGUAAUAUUUAAAACAUGUCUGCAUAAACAGUCGCACGCACAGAUGAGUCGCGCGCCUUAACAACUCAGUGGAAUGCAUGAGCAGAGAUCAAACGCACGCACUUGCCCGGGCUCGCUGCUCCUAUGCAGAAGUGUCUUAAAUGGUUAGGUUUUGGCUAAAAUGCAUGUGUUUGAGAAGCGCUGAGCAUACGGCCGGAUAUAUAUGAGACUUUGAUUAUACUGCAUGAGUUGUGUGAGAGUUUGUAAAUAAAUGUUUUAAUAUAGUUUUGCUGUUGUAAAACAGGAUUAUCAAAAAUGUUUUUCAUUCACCAUAGAGGCAAAUUUAGUGUAACAGGGAGUGUGUAAUCAAUUGAUAAAUGUAUUUUAUGGCUAAAGUAUUCCUUUAAGGAGAUGGUAUUUGCAAAAAUAAUUCUGUUGGGCAUCAUUGCAAUGAUUAAAUAUAUUCCUUAAAAUUCAUACAGUAUUAUAUAAGUUGUCAGUCAGUGAAAUACUUCUUUGUCCUCUGACUGUGUGAAAAUAACCUACUACUGCUGCAAACAGGUUAAAACAAAUGCUGAGAAUUUUUUUUGCAGAUACCAUUUGCCUCAAGUCAGGUGUAGCUGUCUAAUCCCAGAGGAUGAGAUCCCGGUUCUUUCAGUGAUAAGAAUCAGAUCAGGUCAGACCAGUUUUGUGUCAGCAGCUCUUCAGUAGAUUUGGGCAAACACACACGGAGCACUGUUUGAGAGCCCUGAGCGUUUGGUUUCUAGAUUUCAAGGACUUUUCAUCCUCCGAUGAAACUGUCAGUUGACGGCAGAUGUGCUGAGCAACCAGGAACCGGUUUGUGAAAUGUCAGUGCUGCUCAAAAAAAAAAGCAAAAAAAAAAAAAAAAAAAAAAAAAAAAGCAAUAGGACAAAGAGAUAGCCAUAGCUACAUUUAUGACUGCUAAAACCACUUCAGCACUUUUCUCAAACAUUCACGUUUGCAGCAAAGUUUCUUCUUUCUCUUUUAUGUUUUUUAGACCAUUAGUUCUCUUUUUGUUAUGUAGCCAUGGGGACCUCCAACACAUGAUCUGGGUAUCCCAGAGCAGUCAAAAAAAGUUAAUGUGCCGCAAACUAGAUUGGGAGACAAACCAGUACAUAUAUUAUUUCCAGUUUUCUCUUAUUUUGUUAGCAAGUUGUUGUUAACAUGCACACAAGUGAUAUAGUGAAUGGUCAAAUGAGGAUGCUGCUGCAUUUUCUUUUUCAAUUUUAAUUUUAAGGAGCGGGGCAAAAUGUUGAAAAAGACUCAAAGCAAAGGAAGUAUUGUAGAACAGCUCUCCACUGUUGGCUAGUCUUUUGAGACAAUGGAUUUUUGUUUAAGUGUUUGACUGUAGUCUGAUUCGAUCAUUACGUUUUCCCUCUUUAGGUGGAUGUGAAGUUAAAGUCGACAGAUUGUGAUUGUUGGUUCUCAUUUUUCAACGGUUGAUAGAAGCUUUGGAGUGUUUCUUGUUUAUUUAUUCUGUCAGUACACUGCAACUCUUUUCCUUUUUUUUUUUUUUUUUU